AUGUCUAGAAUUAUUGACAAAGGUUGGCAUAAUUGGGCAGGUAAUCAAAAGAGCUCCCCUACUGAGAUAUUUCGACCGAAAAAUUUGCAAGACAUAAAAAAGAUUAUUGAAUUAGCGAAAAAGAAUCAGAAAAAGAUUCGAUGUUCUGGAGCCGGUCAUACUUGGAGUAGUUUAAGUGUUACCAAUGAUUAUUUGGUACUCGACGAACAUUUGAAUAAAAUUGACAUUAAUUAUAAUGAAAAUUUGAAUACUUGGACUGUCACCACCGAACCUGGCGUGUAUUUAAUAGACCUUGAUAACGCUUUGUCGGAACAUCAACCUCCGUUAACUUUAAACUCCGCAACGGUAUUGGAUACUGUGACAGCUGGAGGAGUGGUCGCAACUGGUUGUCACGGUGCGAGAUGUAACAAUGCAACCAUUUCAGAUAAAGUAAUUUCAAUCCAAAUCGUUACUUCUUCUGAUGGAGAACUUCAUGAAUUUUCGGACGAAAUAGAUCCUGAAGAAAUGAGCGCUGCUAGAAUCAAUUUGGGUCUCUUGGGAAUCAUAUACAAGCUUACUUUCGAAGUUGAACCAAUGUUCAAUUUAGAGAUGAUCGAUACCACCCCAGACAUCGCAGCUGAUUGGAAUGCGUCAAACGUAAAGAAACUCUUUACUGACUCUGAUAGUCUUGAAAUAUUCUAUUGGCCAUUCAAUACUCCGGAACUUAAAGGUGACAAUGACAAAAUUUGGAUAAAACAAUAUAACAGGACACAAAAACCAGUUGAAAAAUCUGAGCACAAACUCAAGUUUGAGCGAAUUUUACAGUCUUUGUCGAUUUCAUUUGGAAAUCAUCUUUACGAUUUCAUGGCCAAAGUCCCAACUUCUACGCCUUUUUUAACUCAUCUUCUCUUCGAUGCUGGGGUAAAUCAUAAUUCUAGUGUAGUUUUGCAAGCUCCGGACGCUAUUCAUUAUCAAGCCGGUAUCGACAAUAUUCCAUGUUUGGAUUUGGAAUUCUCCUUCAAAGUCGAUCAAGACUUUUCCAACGUUAUCGAAGAAGUCAACUACAUUGUUAAAAGGAUUUACGAAGAAACCGACAGAAAGAAUUUCCCCGUAAAUUUGGCAGCAGAAUUACGAAUCAACAAAUCAUCUCGUUGCUUAUUAGCUACGUCAUAUGACAAAGAUCCGAACGUAAAUUUCGUAAUGCUUGAAAUUUUAGCUGUAAACGGUACUAAAGGUUUUCAAGAAUUUUCUAUUGAAUUAGCUAAAAGGUGGAUGCGAAAGUAUGAUGCUCAACCACAUUGGGCUAAAUUAUGGGAAUAUGUGCCUGAUAUUACACCACACAUAAGAAGAUGUUUAAGUGUAGAUGACCGUCUUAAUAGGUUUGAAAAAGUUCGAGCCAAAUAUGAUCCUGGUGAAUAUUUCUUUGAUAAUAAGAAUUUAAGAGAAAUUUUCGGUAAAAAGCAAAAAAAAAAUCACGGAAGAUUGUUAUUAGACCGUAUAAAAAAUCCUGGUUUUCCCAAACAAAUUCGAUUUUUAUUUAACCGGAAUAUCGAAUGA